AUGUUGAAAAUAAAGAACAAAACUAUAUUUUGUUAUCUCUCACAGAUGAAAAUUCAUUUAUUUCAACUGUUAUAGACGUUAGAUUAGCCCAAAAAUUUCAAGAUGUAAAUAAUACAUCACUAUUAUUUCUGAAUCUAGCAUACAAAGCAUUUAUAUAG